UCUUCUCUUUAUGUUCGCUUGUUCGUUUGUGUAUUGAACGCGUUCAAAGUGACUGUUUUUCUUUCUCAAUUGGACUGGAUUAGUUUAAAUUUCUUCUGAUUAGAUUUUCUUUUGAUUUUUGUUUUCGAAAAUGAGUGAAGAUUUUUUGACCUUUAGUGAAGAUUCGCUUAGUACCACUCGAAGUGAGGCGGGUUCUUCUACAGCCGAUUCUACUUGUAGUGAUAAUGAAAAAAACGCCAUCAGAAGGCGAUUGAUGGAAUUGGAUCAAACAAUUAAACAGUUGGAAUAUGCCCGAAACAAUGCGAAAAAAGAUUCUGAGAAAUCUAAAGAUCAACUGUACACGUUGAUGGAUAGAUUACAAAAUUACCAAGAAAUUGAAAGAAAAUAUCAAAUGAUUAGUGAUUGUGUUGAAACUCCUAUGCUUCAUUUAGAGAAAAUUAUUACCGACACUGAAGAGAUGGUUGAAUUUGGUUACAAAAUGUUGCAAAAACUACAAGCCAUAAAUGAAAACAAGAGGAUGAGAGAAAACAAAUUGACCAUUGGCUAUAGUGAAACUCCUCAAGAAUACGCUAAAACCUAUGGUGCAAAUUUGGAAGGCAAAUUUAAACGUCCAACGGAAAAUGAACUACUAGAGGACAUUGAGGCCUCAGCAUUAAAUGAACCAGAAAUAAAUGGUGAAUUAAAAGGACUUUUAGAUGAACUUCGAAAGGAAAAGAGUGAAUAUCUCCAGAUGAUUAAUGAAUCCAUAAAGUAUCACGAUGAGAUGCACCAAAGAUUAUCCAGACAAAAUACUUGCUUAAUUAGUCAACCUCCUGAUGAGAAUCCAGAGGAAUCAAAUCAAGAAGAGCAAGAAUGUAUUACAAUUCCAGAUACUCAAUUUAUCCCUUAAAAUGGACCCAAAGAAUUGGUUAAUUUCAAGUGAAUCUAAAGAAAAUUUCAUCUCGUGAUAAUAUCGAUUAGAUUUAUUUUGUCAAAACACCAUAAUAAACAUAUCAAACUGUA